GUUAGCUGCUAGUAACGUAUACAUAGUCAAAGUGUUAUGCCUUUCGCAUAUAUAUCUGCAUAUAGAAAAUUCACAAUAUAAUUUUAGAUAUCUUUACGUGUAAAUUUAGAAAAGUUAAUCAGCAAUGACCGACGAUUCCAAUGGGGAAUCUACAUUCGAAUUUGUUGAAAGAAAGACGGACGAAUCGUCCACAUCGGGAGAAUUUGUAAAAACAGAUUCUUUCAGUAGUUUAUCUUCAUCCACAUCUUUGUUAAUGCCAUUAGGCGUAUCAACGUCUACUGGGAAUCUGCUGUCAAAUGUUGCACCACCUAGUGCAUUACCUAGCUUCAUUUCAAAUUCUGGAGUAAUAGUAUCUGAGAAACCUACUAAUUUGCAAAUACCUACACAAAAGAAACUUCAAGAACAUGAACCUAUUAAAUCAACAUUAAACACUACAAUCCAAUCUAAGCCAUUGCAGCAAGAAUCGCAUCAAGUAAUUACAACUGCUGCUGUAACUCCGUCCAUACAAAAUGUGCAAACAACGAUUCCAUCAGAAAACCUGAUCCAGGAUACAGGAAUGGUUGGUGGUGGCUUGCUAUCAUGGGUUAAAGAAACAGUAGUGAACAGCAAUGUUUUAAGUAAAGUUGCAGAAAAAGCAAAAAACAGCAUGAACACAAUGAUUACAACAUUAGAUCCUCAGAUGCGUGAGUUCAUUUAUUCUGGUGGUGACAUGGAGAUUAUAGUUGCAUCUGAUAAAGACUCUAAAAUAAGCCCUGUACGUCAGGCUUUUCAGACAGUUUUCGGAAAAGCAACAGUAACUGGUGUAGCAGUUGAAAGUUCAGCUGUGGCUGCUCAACCAGUUGGUUUUGCUGCUGGAGUAAAAGGAGCAGAAGAGAGAAUUAACUUUGCACGAAAUAUUCCAUCUCUUCCAAAGGAUAUACCUAUAAUUGCUGUAGAAAACUUUUUAUUAGAAGUGGGUGAAGACAAGUGGUACGAUUUAGGUGUAGUACUUCUUAAUGAUCCUAAACAUAACGUGAAUUUACAAACGUUCACGCAAAUGACGCCAGUACCAAGUCAAAUAGUAACUAUGGCACAAGAAGCUACACCCGAAGAUUAUCCUCUUAAAUGGUCUGGAUUGGCAGUCACUGUCGGUAGCUUGAUGGCAAGCAGUCUACAGGUUCCUCAUAACGAAUGGCACCACGCGCUUACUGGAAUUUCCAGAAGGGAUAUUAUACUUUUAGCAGUUCAAUCGUUAGCUGGAAUUUACAAAAAUACGAUUAAUCCUAUAUAAAUCUUUACGAAGAAUAUGCCAAUGCAAUUUAUUAAAGUCUUGCAAUUUUAGGAUUACUGGAAUCAAGAAUUUAAUUUCAGUUGAGGUGGCAUAUUUACUAACUUGGUAUUUAUAAAUUGAAAAGUGUAAUUUUAAUUGUAUGUGAUAAUAUGUACAAAAAAAUUAAUGGACUAAAAAAGG